CCCCCCACCCGUCUUUCAAAGUCUACCGAAGCUGGUCUUCGUAGCCCACCUGCCUAGCCGCAUUCCCCAGUCGCACCGUAGUCCCAACACUGUCCAGUAUGCGUAUCCUCUCCCUCUUCCCCGUCCUCUUCAUGGCGGGUGCCGCUGCCGUGAGCGCUGCCAGCCUUCCUCUCACCACCGUUCCCCACCCUACCACUACCACCACCUCUGAGGAUCCUUCUCCUCUCCCUCUCAGCACGCGUGGCUGCGGUCUUCUCAGCGCCUGCUUCAGCAGUCUCAAGAACACCUUUCAAGGCGCCUCCAGCGUUUCCGAGGUGCCAGGACGCACGAGCAAAGAGCAUCGCUACAGCUCCAUUGCCCUCUCGCGUAUGCCAUCCUACCGCGCGUCCCCCUCGGGAACAGCGUCGCACAUGGGCUCACCUCCACGUCCCCCGCGCCAUAGUCCCCGAAGCAAGGACAAGGACAAGGGCAAAGGCAACCCGAUGCCGCUCCCCUUGCCCAUGUCAAUGGAGAAGCCUCUGCCGAACAAAUCCCGCCCGGAGCUAGCGCGUGCCAAGAGCCCCCUCAUCGCGCCCACUGUCCCUCCCGGCGAGGUCAAGAUGGUCCGAGGUCGUGGACGCAAGAAUCGAGGAAAGUUGCCUUACAUUCCUCCCCCUAAUUCGGGACCAUUCGGUUGGGGCCGUUUUGGCUCCGGCCCUGCGGGUGCUGCUGCGCAGGAAAGGGUCUGGAAGGGAGCCCGAGAUGAUGUGAGCGCAAUGAUGGAUGGGAGCUCUAGCCAGGAUAGGAAGAGUACCCUGGCGGCCCUCAAGAACAAGAAUGGGGGCAAGAAGCCGGCGCAGGCCUGAUCGAUGACGCUUCUCGAUUCGAGGGCUUGGUAGAGAGCAAGACGAGGUAGUGGUUUUGUGAAUCUCCUGCCU